AUGUCCUCUUCGGACGCUGGAGCGCUGCCAGCAAAAAAUCCAAAAAAGUUGGAGGAUGCACCUGUGACCUCAAAUCAGUCCACUGUUAAAGAGAAACUCGAGAACAACAAUGGGAUUGCGGCAGCCGUGGCCCGCUCGUUGACACGAGGGGUUGCAGUCUAUUUUUCGCGGCCAGUACGCCUUUUCAGGCCCAGUAAAGCCGUCAACACCCUUCUUGGUGUAGUUUUAUGGGAGUCUUAUGGCUUCUCCUCGGAACAUUUGGAAAAGUUGUACCCUCACCACCCUAUUAUGGUCGCUGCUACCUCGGGAGCCAUCGCCGGGGGGUGCCAAUCCCUCAUGGCUGCUCCAGCCGAGAAUGUCCGGAUUGUUUUAGAAGCCGGAGCAGGCGCCAAGGCAGACCCAGUCAAGAAAUUUCUAGAGAAGCCUACGCAAAUACCAACCACCCACAGUGGUUGGAUGCACGCGUGGAAGCAAGUGUUCCAAGGCCCGCAGCCUUUAGCAAAAGCGGAAACUAGAGAAGAAAUCCGGGAACUCAAUAGAUGGUCGAAGGAGAUUAAAAGUAUGGCUGGGCGUGGUUGGGACGGAUGGGCAUGGGGUUGUGGUAAAGACAUAAAGGUGGCAUCGAAUGUUGCCUUCCUGUCUGUCCAUGAGUUGGAACAAUUCAGGCUUUCUAUGCCAAAUGGAAAGCCUUUGUCGGACAAGACACGUACUUCCACCGCUAGGAUUAGCCAAGGUGUAACCCUUGUGACUGGCGGCGUCGUUGCAGGUCUUGGUUAUGAGCUUGUGUGUCGACCAUUCGAUAAUGCCAGGCGGUUCGUGUACCUCGAUGAUAUGCACAAGAGAGCGGAGCGAUCAGCUUCCGACCGAACUGGAUCCGGUUCCCAUCCCAAGUCAGUCAAGUUAGAGUCCCGGGUUCGCGUCGUCACACGAGUGAUCCUAGAAAGGCUCAAAUACGAUGGCAUCCUUCCUUUCUUUGCCAACCCGCAGCAAAGCCCUCAUACACCGGAACCUUAUACCUCUGGGGCAAGUAGAGCGCUGCAUGGGAUGCUUAGGACAUUGGCUCGUGUAGGCCCCUGGGGGGUAGGGUUUCUUCUUUAUGAGAGUUUGGGCGGUAAUUUGCCUCAGGUUUAG